AUGAAUCAAAUGCCCGGUCAAGGCCAGCCCAGCCAAGGGCCGGCGCAGCCAAACACUCAACCUCCCGGUGCUGCUCCCAGACAACCGGCACUCUUGCGGCCCGAGUUCAUGCGAAAUAUCGCGUUCCUGACCGCCGAGGAAAAAACUAGCUACGAAAACGGAUUGGCCACAUUCUGGAAGACUUUUGAGGAAUCGCCCGAAGGAUCGGCGGAGAAGCUCGGGGCUAGGCGUAGCAUCGAGCAGUUUAGCAAGAUGUUGCAAGACAAGUUGAACCAGAAGAAGCAGGAACAGCAGCGCUAUCUGCAGCAAAUGCAGCAGAUGCGACAAAAACAGCAGCAACAACAGCAGCACCAGCAGCAAAAUCAACAAGUACAGCCCCAAGGACAACCUCAGGGACAACCUCAGGGACAGACGCAACAACAACAACAGCCACCACAACAACAGCAACAACAGCCUGGCCAACAACAGCCCGGCCAAGUACAGCAACACCAGCUUCAUCAGCAACAACAACCACAACAACAACAACAACCGCCCCAUCACCAAGGCCAGGCUAAACCACCACUUCAGCAGCAACAACCGCAACAACAGCCACAAAUGCAGCAGCAACAGGGCCAGCAGCAACUGCCACAACAAGGUGGACAAACUCCCCAGCUCGGUAAUGUUCAGCAAUCGCCGAUACCGUCGCAGAUUGCUCCUGGCACACCCCAGAACACCGCAGGCGUUGCCCGUCCUGGACAGCCUGCUACAGCAGCGGGACAGCCAAACAAGCCUGCCAUCCCCCAGGUUGUCCUCCAACAUGUCACGGCAUUGCAAUUCAAUAUACCUCCAACCAUACCCGCCCAGGAACACAAGAAAUGGGAAUCUGAAACCAGGAACAAGUACAUGAGGGCGUUUCUGACUCUAAACAGCAGCAACACGACACUGGUAAAUCUCUUGAGCCUCAUGGAAGAACGGAGAAACAACCAGAAGCCUUUUACGCCCGAGGAGCAACAGAAUUUGCUGAACCGCAAAGCGAUAGCGGAGAAGUCGUUCAAUGACGCCAAGAACUAUUGCAACCAACUUCGUCAGACAAUAGUGAAGCCUCCUCAUAACACCCCGCUGACGAUUGCCAUGCCGGGGUCUGGGAACAAGGCCGUCCCGAUUGCGGCGAACACCACCCCGAUGCAGAACCAAGCACGGCCGCAACAACAAGGCCAACAACCUCAAGCGGCCCCUCAGCAAGGACCAACACAGGUUCAAGGUCAAGGGCAAGCCUUGGGUGCUGGAAUGGCACCAUCCACAGCCGCCAUGAACGCCGCCAUCCAAGCGGCCAAAAACGCUGGACAGAUGGCGGGUGUGGGCGGAAUGCCUCCACAACAAGGAGCGCAACAAUCCCCUGCGCCCACUCGUUCACCUCAAAUCACUGCCAAUCAGUUGCAGCAGCAUCAACAGAUGCAACAUCAACAACAGCAACCACAGCAGCCUCAGCAACAGCAGCAACAGCAACAACCGCAGCAACAGCAACAACCACAACACCAACCAGCGCAAACACCCAUUCAACCACAGGGACAACCUCAAGGGCAGCCACAAGCGCAACCACAUCUGGCACCCGCCACCCAAACUCCGGCCACCCAGGCUGCUAUCCCGCAACAACAGCAACAGCAGCAGCCAGCCCAGAACCAUAUCAAAACCGAGCCUGGCUCGCAGCCCACUCCUACACCUGCACCCAUCAACACGGCGAUUCCUUCUGGCAUGGUUGGGGUACAAGCGACUGGAACGCCCACUCAAAUCUCACAGCGACAUCAGACUCCGCAGCGGACACCCAACCAGCCGCUCUCGCACGCGGCGGCUAUGAACCUCGCUGGACAGCAACGUGCCGGUUCCAUUCCCGCUACUAACAUACCUGCGCCGGUCGGCACACCCACCACUGCUCCAGGCAGCGCGGCGGGCUCAACUCAAGGACAUCCCCACGCUCACCCCAACGCUAUGCCCCAAACCAUUCAGGCCUCCAAGUUUCCCAUCGCCAAGACGCUCCCGGAAAAGGCGACACAGAUUCCCACGCCCGUUGCAGGCCCGCCUGGUCGCCCGACUCUGAGCGGUGGCACAGCCGGUGUCGGCGUCAUGAAUCAGCCCGUCUUGCAGAAGACCCCGGCGUAUCAGCUUGAGGGCGAGGGUGAGAGGGUUUUGAACAAGAAGAAGCUGGACGAGCUGGUCCGACAGGUGUGCGGUGGCACGGCUGAGGGCCAAGACGGAAAUCUCUUGACACCUGAGGUUGAGGAGUCCGUCCUUGGUCUCGCCGAUAGCUUUACAGAGAGUGUGCUCCACGCGGCGUCCCGCAAUGCGAAAGAGAGAGGAUCCAAGGUUCUUGAGAUCCGCGAUAUCCAGCUUGUUUUGGAGCGUACCUACAACAUCCGUAUCCCUGGCUACUCUAGUGACGAGCUCAGGACGGUUCGCAAGGUGCAGCCCAAUGCUCAGUGGAUCACCAAGAUGAGCGCGGUACAGGCCGCCAAGGUCAUGCCUGGCAAGGGGGAUCUCUAAUGGAAGGGUAUUCAGACCAGAAUGAACAUAGGUUUCGGGUCUCGCUUGUUUGCAUGGAUGUGGUAAUUCUUUUGGGGUGGGAAAUGGAAAGGGUGGCGUACUGGAUGAGACGGAGGAAAUACAUUCAUCUCGGGAUACUUGUAUGUUUAUCCCUGGCAUGAGCUACCCAUAAUAUGGCUUUGGUUGAAGCAUCAAUCCUUUAUGGGUUACAGAAACAAGCUCCAAAUUCAAUGAGUUAACAGCAA